CAAUAACAUAGAUUAUAGAUGCAAAACUUAACUUGUAACACGUUUAUGAGGAGAUUUAUGUGUGAAGUAAAAUAAAAAUCAUAUAUAUAUCUGCCUAAUUGUAUAAUAAUUGUAAUAGUUUAUGAUGGUAGAUGAAUCAACGAAGAAAACAUUAAGUAAUAUUCCAUUGUUACAAACAAAAGCAGGCCCUAGAGAUAAAGAAUUAUGGGUGCAGAGAUUGAAAGAAGAGUACCAAGCUUUAAUUCAAUAUGUAAAAAAUAAUAAAGAAUCUGACAAUGAUUGGUUUCGUCUGGAAUCAAAUAAGGAAGGUACAAGAUGGUUUGGAAAAUGUUGGUACAUACAUAAUUUAUUAAAAUAUGAAUUUGAAAUUGAAUUUGAUAUACCUGUUACAUAUCCUAUAACAUCACCUGAAAUUGCUUUACCAGAACUAGAUGGUAAAACAGCAAAAAUGUAUAGAGGUGGAAAGAUUUGUUUAACAGAUCAUUUUAAACCUUUAUGGGCACGUAAUAUACCAAAAUUUGGUAUUGCACAUGCUAUGGCACUUGGUCUUGGACCAUGGUUAGCAGUUGAAAUUCCUGAUCUUAUAGAAAAAGGUGCUAUAACUCAUAAAGAUAAAAUUGAUGAACAUAAAUUAUAAAAAAAAGAAAAAUUAUAUAAUAUAAAUGAAAAUUAUUUGUUAAUAAUUUUGUUAAUUAAUGUAAAUUACUUUUUAAUUUGUUUUAAUAAAUUGU